UGACGUUCAAGUUUUUUUUUCCCUUCUCACCUUUUUUUUAAUCAAUGGCUUCACUUUCAAGUCUUUUACCAAAGCCUCGCCAAACACUGGCCAACAGCUCCACUUCAGCACCACAACUUGAAAAGCAAUACAAUCAACUUGUGACCAAAACAACACAGAGUCGCAUUCCACCUUAUGGUCAACGUCAACAGUUUCGACCUCGUGCUCCUGAAGACUUUGGCAAUGGUGGUGCUUUUCCUGAAAUCCAUAUUGCUCAAUACCCUCUCAAUAUGGGUCGCAAAGACAACAAAGCAGCUGAUCGUAAAGGAGGUGCAUUAACCCUUCAAGUCGAUGCCGAUGGUAAUGUCAAGUACGAUGCGAUUGCCAAACAAGGACACAGUGAUGAUCGUAUUGUCCAUACGUCUUACAAGGAUUUGGUGCCUAUCACUGAACGCAAAGACAUGGAUGCAGACAAACUAGUGAUGGACAGACCUAGCGAAGAAGAAGUCAUGAGUGUGGCAGAAAAGACGCGUUUAGCGCUAGAAAAGAUUGUGAAUGGCAAGAUCAAGGCAUCUCAACCCAAGAACGUUGUUUCCGGUGGCAAUGGUACCAACAAAGAUCCUACUUAUAUUCGUUAUACACCUAUUCAGAGUCAAAAUAGUGAUUCAGGUGCUAAGCAAAGAAUCAUUCGUAUGGUCGACGCACCUAGAGAUCCUAUGGAGCCACCCAACCAUUUACACAAAAAAGUGCCUCGUGGACCUCCUUCACCUCCAGCACCUGUGAUGCACUCACCUCCUCGUAAAUUGACAGCCAAAGAACAAGCUGAAUGGGUCAUUCCUCCCUGUGUCUCUAAUUGGAAGAACACAAAGGGUUAUACGAUUCCUCUCGACAAACGUUUGGCUGCUGAUGGCCGUGGUCUUCAGGAACUGACCAUCAAUGACAAUUUUGCUAAAUUUUCAGAAGCCUUGUAUGCUGCUGAUCGUCAUGCAAGAGAAGAAGUCAGACAGAGAAACUUGAUGCAACAGAAACUCGCUCAAAAGCAAAAGGAAGCAGAAGAAGACAAAUUGAGACAAUUGGCUCAAAAGGCACGUGAAGAACGAGCUGGGUUUAAGCCUAGUCAUGCUGAACCACCUGCGGAUGCCAAUAGACCUUCUGCUUCUUCUCUUAUGCCAGAUUAUGAUUCUUCAGGCAGUGAAUCAGGUUCAGAUAAAUCAGAUAGUGAUGAAUCGCCUGUUCGACGCCGUGAUGAAGACGAGAGUGAUGAAGAAGGAGCAAGAGAACGUGAUCGUCUAAGACAUGAUCGUCAAAAGCAAAGACAAAGAGAAAUGCGUAUGAGUAAGAUGGGUACAGAAGCGAAAGCCAAACAUCUUGCCCGUGAACAAGGCCGUGAUAUCUCUGAAAAGAUUGCACUUGGUUUAGCCAAACCUAGUUUAAGUAAAGAAAGCAUGUAUGAUGCAAGACUGUUCAAUCAAACAGAAGGCCUUAGUUCUGGCUUUGGCAAUGAUGAAUCUUAUAAUAUCUAUGACAAGCCAUUGUUUAAUCAAUCAUCAUCAUCUAUCUACAGAUACAGAGGAGAGAAUACAGAAUCAGAAGUAUUGGGCAGCACAAAUACAGAAGACCUUGAAAGAUCAAUUCGACAAGACAAAUUUGGUGUUCGAAAGGGUUUCCAAGGCACAGAAGGAGGUGAAACUUCAGCUGGUCCUGUUGAAUUUGAAAAAGAAACCAUGGCCAAGCCCAAGACAGACAAAGAUGUCUUUGGUUUAGAUACCUUUUUGAACAAGGCAAAGAAGGGCAAAAGAGCGCGUGAAGAUGACGACAACAGUGAUGAUGAUGAUGAUGACAAUAGACAUAAGCGAUAA